AUGUCGGGUUUCUACAUUGAGAAUAAGAAUGUUGGCAACAAGGCCGAGAGCGAAGACUGGAGGAUUCGCGGCUACAACCCGUUGACACCACCCAACUUGCUCCAACACGAAAUUCCCCAGACUGUCGAGUCUAAGCGCACCGUUUUGGAGGGCCGUGAGGAGGCUGUUGCCAUUGUCAACAACACCGAUGAGAAGAAGAGGCUUCUGGUCGUCAUUGGACCCUGCUCUAUCCAUGACCCAAAGGCGGCGCUUGAGUACUGCGACAUGCUGCUCAAGGAGAAGGAGAAGCACAAGGACGAGUUGUUGAUUGUUAUGCGGUCCUACCUCGAAAAGCCACGCACUACUGUGGGAUGGAAGGGCCUCAUCAACGACCCCGAUAUCGACAACAGCUUCAAGAUCAACAAGGGUCUUCGUCUGAGCAGACAGCUCUUUGUUGACCUCACUACCAAGGGCAUGCCCCUUGCCAGCGAGAUGCUCGAUACUAUUAGCCCGCAGUUUUUGGCCGAUCUCUUGAGCGUUGGUGCUGUUGGCGCCCGCACAACUGAAAGCCAGCUUCAUCGCGAACUGGCUAGCGGUCUCAGUUUCCCUGUCGGCUUCAAGAACGGCACCGAUGGAAGCUUGGGUGUUGCGGUUGACGCGAUUGGGGCCGUCAAACACCCCCAUCACUUCCUCUCUGUGACAAAGCCCGGUGUCGUGGCCAUUGUCGGCACCGUCGGCAACGAGGAUUGCUUUGUUAUCCUCCGUGGUGGCACCAAGGGUACCAACUACGAUGCCAAGAGCAUUGCUGAAGCCAAGGCGGCUCUCGAGAAGGCCGGUCUUCGUCAGCGGUUGAUGGUGGACUGCAGCCAUGGCAACUCCCUCAAGAACCACAAUAACCAGCCCUUGGUUGCUGCCACGCUGGCUGAGCAGAUUGAGAAGGGCGAGGAGGGUGUUAUGGGUGUCAUGAUUGAGAGCAACAUUGGCGAGGGUAACCAGAAGGUGCCCAAAGAGGGCAAGGAGGGCCUCAAGUAUGGCGUGAGCAUUACCGAUGCCUGCAUUGGUUGGGAGGAAACUGUCUCUGUUCUCGAUGUGCUUGCCAAUGCGGUAAAGAAGCGGAGAGAGGUUCUCAGCCAGAAGAGCGCCUAAGCUGAGAGCGGUUGAGGGGUUUAAAAUGGAGCUUUGUAUACAAGGAAAAGGCGUUGGUUUUUGAUACGGGGCGUUUUUGGCGUUUCAAGUGUACAGGAAAAGUAGUUGUGUUUAGUGAUAUCCUGGGUGUGAAUGAUGAAUGCGGCGGUAUCGGUACGGAUAUUCUCUGUCCAAGUCAUGACCUCUGACGUUGAUGUCUGAUGUUUGAUGUUUGAAGCCCCAUCCAGGAAAGACGGUGGGUACGGAGUGGGAGCUUGGGGACU